AUGUCCGUUGAACAGAUUUGUCAAGACUUGAUAAACAAAAACAACACCGAGGAAGCCCUUAAUGAGCUAGGGACUCAUCUCCGAGAGGAAGCUUUGAGAAGCUCAUCGUCUGUGAGAUCAACAAUUCCUCAAGUUCUCCUUCUUGUAGAAGAUUACCCAAUGGAGGUGCUACGAGUAUUGAUCAAUUAUACUGCCGACAACGACGAGAACCGCUUCUUUCUCCUUUCUGAUGACACUGCUGUCUCCACUUUUUGGGCACUGGUGUUGGAAAUGACACUGGUCUCUGAAAGGAUAAGUGACUUGGCAUCACGCUUGACAAUUUUGAUCAGCCAGUUCGUCAGAGCAGGAGAGGAAAGCAAGAGUAAAUUUAUUCAAGGAAUUGACGAGAAAGGGAUAAUUGAAUGGAUCUGGACGUUUUAUGCAACUUCCGUUUCCAAGGACAUAGACUCUAUAGAGGUUCCCAUUGAAGUACUAAGUGACUACGCCUCUGAGUUCCCACAAUCGAUAAGUAAGCAGCAAAUUAUUUUGGUUUUACAAGGACUAAGAAAUUUACUUGACUUGGAUUACGAUGAGGACUUAGAAGACGCCUUAUACUGCCACACGACCUUCUUGUACAACAUAACGAAGGUAGAGGAUACGACGCUCGAAAUCCCUACAGACGAAAUAAUAGAUUGUAUCCCUAAGAUUCCUAGUGACUACAAAAACUGCAUCAAUUCAAAGAGGAACUUGUUCGCGGCUUGUGGGGGUGUCUUCUCAUUCAUAUCCUACGACAACUUUAAUAAUAUUGGAAGCAGCGUUUCAACAAUUUUGAAAUCGACAGAUGGUUACGCUGUAGCAGCAUCUGCAAUUUCGCUUGGCAAUUGUGUGCACGAUAUCGAUUCAAAAAUCCGAUUGAUUGCAGAAGUCGACGCUGUAUCCUCAAUCGAGACAGUUGCAACCACAUUGUUGCACUGCAAUUUCGGAGAUGUUGUUCAAUUGCAAGCCUUUCAUUUUUUCAACAAUUGCAUGACGGAACAACUAGCAAAAUCAAUUCUCAUUCCAGAUAAUGAAGCAGUAUUGUUCAGAAAUACUAAAAUCAUUGUUGACAAUUAUCAAUACUACAAAGAAGUUGGCGCAAUCUAUCUCAAGUUCCUCAGCAAAUUGGUGAAGAAUGGAAUGAGUAAUGGGGUUGAGAUAGCUUCUUUCAAUUCCAGCUGGAGCUACUUAAACAAUCUUGAAGAGUAUUGCGAAGUGCAAAUGCUCAUCCUUCAAUCAUUGUGUACUUCUCAGGUCAACAACGACGAAAUUAGGGAUACAAUGAGGCACUCGAUAAAAGUGCUUCUUGAUCUCAAACAGACAGGCGUUGAUGCAAACGAAUUACUAACGAAAUUAAAAACAAUUGCCAUCCUCUUGGAGAAUGCAAGUACAAAAUUGGCUCUUUUGUUUCCCGACUCGGAUUACCAAACUCAGUUUUUGGACCCAAUAACACAAUUUUUCACACAGGUCUCGCGAAUUCUACUCGAAAGUGCGUCAACUUCAGAUCCCCGAGCACAGCUGGCACAAGCAGCAGUAGCCAAUAAUAGCAAGUUUGUCGCAGCCAUGGUGCUUAGAAAAAUCACAUCAAACCAAUCGCCGUAUCGAGCGGAGAUGGAAACCCUACAUGAGGUCUGCAGAAAUGUUUUGAGCACUCCUCCCCACCAUUAA